AUGGGGACGGCAGCCGCCGCCGCCCCUUCAGGCGGCGACCGGCUGAGCAAUCUUCCGGACUGCCUCCUGCACAACGUGCUGUCCUGCCUCCGGUCACGGCAGGCGGUGCACACGAGCCUGCUGUCGCGGCGGUGGAGGCACCUGUGGCGCGCCGUGCCGUGCGUCGACGUCGACCAUCGCGACUUCUUUGACGAACCGGAACCUGUGGCGCCGGGCCAUGGCGCUUCCGACGCGGCCAUGGGCGCCUUCAGAGAAGCGCAGAGGAAGAGGGCCGCCAGGGAGAAGAAGCAGUGGCGCGUCAUGGAGGACUUCGCGGACGCCGUCCUUCCCCUCAACGGCGCGUGGCCCCUCGACGCCUAUCGGCUGCACGUCCGCGACGACCUGCAUCUCCGCAAGGCCAUGGACCGCUGGAUCCGCCGCGGCCUCGCGCGCGGCCCGGCCGAGCUCGGCGUCGCCUUCGACUACGACCACCAUGGCGCCGGUUACAACAGCUGCUGGAAGGAACCUCCGGCGUUUGGCUUCAGCAUCUUCGACGGCGCCGUCACCGGCCGCCUAAGGAGGCUGUCCCUCUCCGGACUGGUCCUGCUGCAGGGAUUCCCGGAGGAGCUGAGAUCCGACUGCCCUCUCCUGGAAGACCUGCGGCUCGUCAACUGCCAGUGCAUUACGCAGUUCCUCCCGGGCAACAGGCGCAACAUCAUCCGGAUCGGCUCCCGCUCCCUCAAGAGGUUGGUUAUCGAGGGCAUGUCCAGCCCGCACCACCGGCUGUGCCUCACCGCUACCGCCCUUGCUUCCUUGAACAUCGACACGCCGGUCGCCGUGGAGGAUGAGAUGCGGUCCCUCGCCGUGGCGUCCGUCUCAUGCCAUGCCGGUGCACUCCUUCUCUUGAAAUCGCUCCGCAGCGCCACAGCUUUGGAACUGAGGAGAUUCACCACACGGGCAUUGGUCGAGGAGGAACCGGAACUAUUCCGAGAGCACCAUAACCUGAGGACGUUGGUCCUGACUGAAUGUGACAUCGGGGAUGGAUGCCAGGUUGUGGCGCACGUGCUAAAGAGCAUCCCGAAUCUGGAGAGACUCGUGCUGCAAGAUUGCAUGAUCUCAGGGAGUUGCAUGAUGGCCAGCCGCCGAGGGGCAGCACUCCGUGGUUGCUGCGAGAACCUCAAAUCGAUACGGGUCAAGUAUGAAGGGCACGAUGUCGUUCAUGCCCCGAUUGCCGCAUUAAGGGGGAAAUCAAAGGAUGCGGUCAAGCUACACCGCGGCGAAAGACCAACCAGUUCCGUUGAGUGGCACCACUGGCUGAAGCGUAUCGCCUUGUGCAGCAACCAUGCAAUUCAUCUCAGCCAGCGAUAUGUAGCUUCCAUCACCACUGGGCCUGAGUCCGAUGAGGAGCACGAGUCCACUGCAUGGAAGCACCGCGCCAGCAAGAAGCAUGCGAGGGACAUCGCCAUCAAGGCACGCCGAAGGGGGCGCCUUGCCCGGUUCUGAAAAUUGAUCGACCCACAAGGUGGACAACCUAAUAAUAAGGAGUGCACAGCACACUGAAUCCAGCCCUCAGGCCAUUUGGGAUCUCGCCGGUCUCUGGAUCAGUUUUUUGGCGAACAUUAAUUUGUCUGCUAGUAACAUCUCUUCAUGUGUGUGCCAUGAAAUGAGUUUUUCUUCGUGUCCCGGUGGAAGCAUUUUAUUCAUUCCAUGGAAACAUUUUUUUCAUGUUGUGGUACACAAUCACACAAUAAACUUGUAGUUUCCCUGCUCGUUGUCGUAGCAUUGUGGGUAUCAACCUGCAGCGCAUGACCUUGGUCUAGAAUGGUUUUCAAUUUCAGUUUCAUAAAAAUUUCAGCACCAAUUGAAA